AUGGCGUGCAGUAAAGAAUUGCGUGUCCCAAAAGAAUGGAACAAAUACCACCCAGAUAUCGCGAACGAGUCCGUAGAUCCAGAAUUAUUCUCCGAAGAUGAACUCUUCUCGUGGAUGGAAGAUCUUGAUUUGAGUCACAACAAAUCCGAAGUAGCAAAAUAUGUCCAGUCUGGAAAACCUUACCACUUGAUGCGUCACCAAGUUGUACUUCUUCCCAAAAGUGCAUUAUCUAGACGACUCUUUAAACUCUGGACAAUGACGGUAGUUCCACUAUUUAUGAGUGACGAUGUCUUGGAAGCAUUAAGUGAAGUUGAGAUGCACAAAAUCUGCGCCGGUAUUCAAUUAUUGGAUGAUCAGAUACGUCAACAAUUUCCCCGAUUUCCAACCAUCGCUGAAAUGAAGCAGUCUUUGCUCCUGCAGAAGGUUGACGAGAAGUUCAUUCCCCACAUUAUAUAUCUUCUAGAUUUUGCAAACAACGUAGCAAAAUCUAUUAUCGACCAAGGCAAUUUUUCAAAAGAAGAUGUGAAUUAUUAUUGGAGGCGAUUAGUUGUCACGAUUACGCUCUACUUUCAAGGUGUGGAGGUGGAGGUUAAGCACAACGUUUGCUCGUAUUUCGAAAAUGUCUGGACGCGUGUUCUUGCAUCUGGAGUCAUGGUAUACUCACCUUUCCAAGAAAUCGUGGCAGGGUCUGUGAUAAAAAACACUGAACACUUGUCUCUCUUAAACGAGUUAUAUUUCCUUGCGACAGUAUUUGUCAUGGUCACCAAUGAUAUAUAUUCCUACGGCAGAGAAGCGAGAUUAGAUGUCAGCAAGCAGCCGUGUAGUAUGGUCAAAACGAUUGCUGGCUGCAAAGAGGCUUCUGCGGAGUCCGAUGCUGUUAUAAAAUGUGUUGAAAUUCUCAACGCGGUAGUAAAAACCAUGUACCAGAAGAUUGAGAAGGCCAAGCAGGAUAUCCCAGCAAACCAAGACGUGUGCAAAUUGUUGGACAAGAUUGGCAUUGCUACAGUAGGUUGGUAUUAUUGGCACAUUUAUUGUCCUCGUUACGAUGACUCUCGUUGGCGUCUCUCUAUAGUUGGCGUUGAAAACGAUGAGUUGGAAGAAUGGCGAAAAGGCAAUGACGAAGAACGACUACAAGAAGUAUUACCUUUAUUGGUCAACUGUAGCUCAAAAGCAAAGAAAGUCAGUGAUGCAAUUAUAAGUGGUGUAGUUAAUAUGCAUGCAAAUCUUUUGCUGGAAUGACUGCCAAACAAUUACUUUAUUUCAAGAUAAAGAUAUAUUAUAGAAAAAAAUUUCAUUCAUGGUUUAAAUUCAAUAAUUGACAAAUAACGAAUAGUAAAUUACGAUAACAUGCUUUCCCGUAAAAGGAGGGACACUUAAUUAAAUAAAUAAGUAAAACACGCCAUCACAGGCGUGUGUUACAAUGUGGAAUUCAGUCGACCACGCUUUGUGGUACCUAUUCGAUUUAUCAGUUCAACAAUAAUUAGAGAAGUUGGUCGUAUAAGAAAUAAUAUAAUAGUUAUCAAUGCAAACUUGCAUUAAGCAAAAUGGAAUCAACGAAUCUUACCUGAAAUUCAAUAAAUAAUGAUUAGCUUAGUUCAUGGGACAAUAAUUUGGUUAAAUUGUUGGUUAAAUGAAUUUGUGUAGUACCAUACUUUUGAAUCUU